UUACCCUCGAAAAAUUUGAAUUUAGCGCCAUUAACAGCUGUGCUGUGCCCUGACAUGUGUGGUUAUGGCAGAUGCGGAUGUUCCAGCGCUUUCAGUUCUGAACAUCUGUUAUGACUCCACAUGAUUCCAGUUCUCUUUUUCAAGCCGUUCCAUGUAUGUUCGUUAAUUAUUUCCCACAUUGUUAACUUCUACAUUAAGCCAUAAUAAUUUGUAUACAUUAUUAAGUUGUUAGAACAUUUAAAAAAAAAAUUUAAUCGUCAAAUAGUUAUUUGUUAAAUAAUAUUAGCCUAAAAGUAAUUAACACAAAUCGUGUCGACAUAUUCUGGAAUUGUCAACUCCAUGUCAGGAAGAAGAGGAACGUAAAGAGAAAAUUUUCAAAAAUGAGCUUAAUAGAGAUAAUCUGUGACGAUGAACCUGUUGAUGACCCUUCGGAAGAAAAAGCUAAAUUAAAUUCCUUAACACUGAACAAUUUAUCAAAUGGUGGCAAAGAAGAAGCUCCCAGUGUUGACAAAGUUUCUCAGUCUGACAUGAUUACAAGUGCUGAAAAAAGUGAAAGGCGUUCUAACAUUAGUAGUACUGUGAUUACAGAAUGGAGUGAUAAAGAAACAAAGUAUCUACUAAAAAAGUAUAACAAAUAUAUCCUCCAUACAGGACAUAACAAAAAGUUUCGUACAAAAAAAGAAUUGUGGAAUCACAUUGCAUAUGAGAUACAAAGGGAUCUAAAAGCUGAUAAAUCAGGAUUUCAGUGUGAAAAUAGAUAUAAAACCAUAUUAAGAAAAUGGAGAAAAAAAGAAAAAUCUAAUAAAGGAAAACAAUAUAUUAAUUCUGUGGGUCCCCAAUUAAAUACGAAUGGUCCUAAUAUAUCAAAAAAAGUUACUGUAGUUGAAGAAAAUAAGAAGAAGGAGCUGCCAGAUGUAAUGUGGGAGAUCUUUAAACAAAAAGAAGAAAGCAGGGAGAGAAGACAUAAAGAGAAAAUGCAGUUGAUUAAAUCGUUACUUCAGAAUUAUAUAUAAUUUUGUAAAUUAUUCCUAAUGUAAUAAAUACAGUAUUUUUGUCUACGGUAAAGAAAAACAGUUUUAAAAUUAUUGGGAUUUGCACCUCUGAUAGUUGGUAUUUAGUUACUGAAAAUUUGACAUUAACCAGAAAUGAAUGCGCAGGCGUUGUUUGGCGGCAAUCGUCGAAAAUAAAUUGUAAAAGAUGUGUUGAUUUGUUAUGUUAUUGUUUUCAAAGGUAAUAAUUUGUUAUUGUUAAUAAAAUUUAAUCCCUAGAGAAUGUGCUGCAAUUGUUGUAAGUGGACAGUUUAAUAAUAUUUGAGAACACUGUAUAAUGGCAUCUGGAGUUCAUACAGUAUCUCCCCAAAAUAGUAUUAAUCUCAUCAACGAAGCUCUAGGAUAUGAUGGUUUACCAAAAAAAGAAUUCAGUUUACACAAUUUUGUCAACUUUGAGGAAACCCAGGAAUGUCCUUUGUUUCGAGAGAGUCCAGAUGUCUAUGGUUAUGUAAAUGAUUCAUCAGGAGUCGAAAUGAACAUUUCACUUAAUUUACCAGCACUUGCUCCACAAACAGUCAUUACAUGCAGCAAUAAUAACACGUCAAUAACCAGCUGCGAAACAACAACUACAUGUAUGAGAAUUUGUCCUCAUGGUUAUGAUAGUGAUGAAAGCAGCAUUUCUUAUUCAUCUAGGGAAACUUCUGAAAGUAAAGAAACAAAGUUUCAGUGUUCCAUGACAGAGAAAAAUACUGCAAAAGAUCAAAGUGAAUCUUAUUUGAGGUCUUGUGUAUUUCAGCCUAAUUUGUAUCAACCUAACAACUAUUAUCAGAAAAGCAGCAAGUACUAUUUUCGUGGGGGACAACGAACAAAAUUUCUUAAAAAUUCAGAAGAAAUUGAAAGAAAAGCUAAUGGAUUAAUGAGAAGAUUCAAAUCAAGGGCUCAUAAAAUGAAAAUUAAUUCUCUUCCCCAAAUUUUAUUUAAUGGUGGUCCAUGGGAUUCACUUAAUCAAGCAGUAUGGGAUGUUUUUAUUAACAAAAUUCAAAGAGCAGAAACAUAUAUCAACAAAUUGAAUUUCUGGAAAGAAGUUUUUUUAUUUUUUAAGGUGUGUCUCAACAACUGUGGACUGUACUUAGUAGGAUCGACAAUGUCAGGUUUUGCUCUAGAGGGAAGUGAUAUUGAUAUAUGCUUUUUAAUAAAACCCUACAGUCAUGAACCACGAAUAGAUUCACUACAUCAUUUAAACUACCUUCAACAAGGACUUCUUAAGAGUGGUCUGGCAAGUGAAGCAGAACUGGUAAUGGCGAAGGUACCAAUUUUAAAAUUUAAAAACAAAGACACUGGCUUCAAAGUAGAUUUGAACUGUAAUAACAUUGUCGGCAUUCAGAAUACGCGCCUGUUGUAUUCGUACGCCCAAUUGGAUUGGCGAGUUCGACCUUUAGUAGUUAUAGUGAAAAUUUGGGCACAAGCUAAUAACAUAAAUGACGCCAAGAACAUGACAAUUUCUAGCUACUCUUGGACUUUAAUGGUGAUCCAUUUCCUACAAUGUGGCGUCUUCCCUCCAGUACUGCCCUGCCUACACAACCUUUAUCCUGAAGAAUUCAACUCACAGGAAAACCGUACCAUGGACGUCCAAGGAGAAAUCGAAGGAUUAAAAGAUUAUGAAUCUGAAAACACGAGAUGUCUCGGUGAUUUAUUAAUCGGCUUUUUUCAUUAUUAUUCAUAUUUUAACUAUCAACAUUAUGCCAUUUCAGUACGAACCGGUUCACGUUUACCAGUUGAUUUAUGUAAACAGGCAAAAAGCCCCAAAAACGAUCCUCACCAGUGGAAGUUUUUAUGCAUUGAAGAACCAUUUGAUUUAUCAAACACUGCAAGAUCUGUGUUUGAUGUAGAAAUUUUUAAACAUAUCAAGCAAGUCAUUAUAGCGUCUUACAAAGAACUUGCGUGCAAUAAGGUAUUAAAUCAGAUACUUCCCAUACAUUUGAACGAUCAAAGAUGAUCUUAAAAUUAAAGUGAAGCAGCUUUCUUGUCGAGAUCUUGUGGCAAUAGUGGCCUUGUACAUUCCAUAUUGUUGAACAAACGAAUAGGAUUUCUUAUUUGUUUGUGAUCCAAUACAAUGUAUUACAUCUUUCAUUUUAUUCUAGGGAAGUUGCCUUAAGUUUUUCAUAUACAAGAUUAAUUUGGGGAUGUUUGUUCUUUGCCUAUUUUUUUGUGAUUAGUUUGCUUACCUGUUUCGUUUUAUGACUCAAGUUGAAAAUUUAUGCUAUAAUGAAACAUUUGUAAAAACUCGUUAUAGUUUAAAAAAAAAAAAGAUUCCUUCGAUCAUAAAACGUUUUGUUUAUUUUUCUUUGUAUUUAUUUAUAUAAUUGUUCAAAAAAUCACUACCACUAUGUUUACGCUUAAUGUUACGAGAGGUUAAAUAAAUCGUGCUCGUAAUUUGGUAAAACAUACAUAUCAAAUACGGGUCUGAGGACUUAGCCUUGUGAAAAAAAGAAAAAAAAACUUAAAAAAAACAAAAUCGAAACAAAAUGCAACGAUGAAAUACGAAAUUGUUUGAUUUUACUGUAUUUGUUACUUUUGUAUUAAGACUAAAUAUGAUGUGCUACCUACAUAUACCUAUGUCAUAUUUUUCUUAAGCCGAUUUUUUUUACCAAUUUCAAUUACUUAACAAUGUUGUGAUUUAAUAUCUGAUCUCAGCGGUAAUGUAAUAAAUUAUUAGUCACAAUGUGCCAAAUACUAAAAUUAAUAUUUAUUCUAAAAACAAUACUUGUAAUUAGACAAUAUUAACAUCGGAUACAAUAAUUGUAAACAAUAACUUAAAAACUGUUUAUGUAGCAUUGUAGUUUACCCUUAUAUGUCCAAAAAUUGUAAAAACUUUGUUAAUUACGAAGAUCUUUGAUAAGAUAUAAAUACUUUAAAUGUUCCAAAAUGUAAAGCAGAGGGUUUCACAAAUUUCUAUAAACCCUUUUGC